AUGGAAGCUAGAAAUGGGUUAGAAUAUUUGAAACAUAAAAGGCUUCAGCGAGCAAAAUCUGCUACUGCCAGUGCCAAUGCAACAAACAUUGCUAACAUGAUGAACAGAAGUGGAGGAGAUGCUCUUAGAGCUUCUGCAUCUUAUAGUAUGAGGUUGCACGGUGAUUCAGGUAGCUUUUCCAAGCGGAAGGUGGAUAAGUUUAACACAAGUGAUCUGGCAUGGAUUGAGCAAAUUCCCGAGUGUCCUGUAUAUUAUCCAACAAAGAAGGAGUUUGAUGAUCCCUUACUUUAUUUGCAAAGAAUAGCUCCUGAAGCUUCUAAAUAUGGUAUAUGCAAGAUUAUUUCACCUUUGAGUACUUCUGUUCCAGCUGGGAUUGUUUUAAUGAGGGAGCAAGCAGGAUUCAAGUUUACAACUAGAGUGCAACCCCUCCGUCUUGCCGAAUGGGAUACCGAGGACAAAAUGGCGAACAAGGCUUUUGCACAAAGAUAUUGCAGUGCUGGAUGUCUUCCUGCCACAUACUUGGAGAAAGAGUUCUGGAGUGAAAUUGGUUGUGGGAAGAUGGAAACUGUUGAAUAUGCAUGUGAUGUUGAUGGUAGUGCCUUUUCUUCUUUGCCCACUGAUCAACUUGGGAAAAGCAAAUGGAAUUUGAAGAAAUUUUCGUGGUUGCCCAAAUCGAUUUUGCGGCUCUUGGAAACAUCAAUUCCGGGAGUAACAGAACCCAUGCUAUACAUUGGAAUGCUGUUUAGCAUGUUUGCUUGGCACGUGGAAGAUCAUUAUUUAUAUAGCGUUAAUUAUCAUCACUGUGGAGCAUCAAAAACUUGGUAUGGCAUUCCAGGUCAUGCAGCAUUGGAAUUCGAAAGGGUGGUAAGAGAGCACGUGUAUACUAAUGAUAUUUUGUCAACUGAUGGGGAAGAUGGAGCUUUUGAUGUUCUCCUGGGGAAAACAACUAUGUUCCCACCAAAUAUUUUGUUGGAGCAUGAAGUCCCUGUCUACAAGGCUGUUCAAAAUCCAGGGGAUUAUAUAAUAACUUUCCCCAGAGCAUAUCAUGCCGGCUUUAGUCAUGGUUUCAACUGUGGAGAAGCAGUGAAUUUUGCAAUUGGUGAUUGGUUUCCUUUAGGAGCUAUUGCAAGCCAAAGAUAUGCACUUCUUCACAGAGUUCCUUUGCUGCCCCAUGAAGAACUUUUAUGCAAAGAAGCAAUGCUUAUGUAUGCAAGAUUAAAACUUGAAGAUUCAGACAUUUCCCCCGAAGAUUUGUUAUCUCAUAAUUGUGUUAUGAUUUCUUUUGUUCAUUUGAUGCGCUUUCAACAUUGUGCUCGUUGGCUCUUAAUGAAAUCAAGGGCAUGUACAAGUGUUUCUUCACGUUCCCAGGGUACAAUUCUCUGCAGCCUCUGCAAACGGGACUGCUAUGUGACGUAUGUUGACUGUGAAUGUCACUUACAUCCAGUAUGUCUUCGCCAUGGAAUAGAUUCUCUUGACUUCACUUGUGGUACCAAACGCACACUUUAUCUUAGGGAAGAUACGUCAGACAUGGAAGCUGCAGCCAAGAGAUUUGAGCAGGAAGAUGGAAUAUUGAAACAGAUACUUAAGCAAAUGAAAAGUGACAAAAACAUCUAUUCAUACCCUUUGUCAAACAUGUUCCAGAUGGCUGAGGCAAAUGGAUACACACCUUAUUGUGAGAUGAAAUUUGAUUUUGUUACUAAUUUUUAUUCCACCCCAAAGCUGUCAGCAAAUAAUCAAGAGUGUAUACGAAGUCAAUUUGUUUCUAGACCCGAAGUAACUUCUGCUUCAUCUGCUCUACGUUCUCUUUCGAAAGCACCUGAGAUCUCUUCCAAUAUCGAUGAGGCUCAUGCUAACUUUAAAUUAGUCAGUCCUGAUUUUGGAGAGAAUUGUGAAAGAAUAUCCAAUAGUGCUUCUGAGUCUUUGCAAUCCCCUGCUCAGUAUGAAUUCCCUAAUAAAUAUAUGGCCCAUGUUCAUGGAUUAGAGAAGAACGUUGUGGAUAACGAGAGUGAUGAUUCUGAUACCGGGAUCUUUAGGGUUAAGCGCCCUUCUUCUCUUAAGGCAGAGAGGAGAAAUGUUAGAGGUGCUACGUUUUCAACAAAUUCUGCACAGCAGGGACUCGAACAAUUGAAGAAAGACCUUCACGAAGGAAGGAAUGUGCAACCUGUAGAUAUGAGCAAAAGCAAGGAAACGAGUUACAAAUAUAGUCACGGUGUUAGUCAUAAGGUUAAUGGUGAAAUUUCCUCGAGGGACAAAUUUGCUUGGGGAAAUAGCAUUCCCCUAUCCGUAAGAUAUAAGACAAGUAAUGAGGAAGUUAGUAGACGACGACAUCAUUGCCAGACAGAUAGGUUGCUGCAUUCCAUAGAGGUUGCUCCAAAGCGCCUUAAAGCUCGAUGCCCUUCAUUUAUGGGCUUGGAUAGCAGAUAG